AUGCCAAAGGCCGAGGUCGGUUCAACGAAAUACGUCGCAAACCGCAUGAAGGCCAAGGGCCUUCAGCGUUUGAGAUGGUACUGUCAAGUCUGCGAAAAGCAAUGCAGAGACGCGAAUGGCUUCCGUCAGCACACAAUGUCCGAAUCUCACGUUCGACAAAUGUUGCUUGUCGGCGAAGACCCCAAGAAAUACAUAAAAUCGUACACGCAGCAGUUUCAGUCAGACUUUCUUCAGCUUCUCAGGACCGGUCACGGUGAAAAGCAGGUCCAUAUCAACCAUUUUUAUCAGGAGUACAUACGAAACAAAGAACACAUACAUAUGAAUGCCACCUCUUUUGCCAGCUUAACGGAAUUCGCAAAACAUCUUGGCCGCGAGGGACUUUGCCGCGUCGAAGAAAACGAUAAGGGUGUUCACAUAGCGUGGAUAGAUCGGUCUCCAGAAGCCCUAAGACGACAGGACGCAUUAAGACGCAAAGAGGCCCAGGAUCAAGGCAACGAGGAGAUAGAACAACGAAUGAUUCGGGAGCAGAUUAAGCGAGCACAAGCCACCGCCGGUAGUCGGGAAGAGGAGAAAGAAGAGGACAAUGAAGCUCGAGAGCUAAAGCGACAAGAAGGCGAGAAGAUCAAGCUCUCAUUUGGAGCGAAGCCAGCUGCUUCUGAAACGAAUUCAUCAGGAAGCCCCGCGCCUGACAUAACAGCCCCUGAAGCAGAAUCUUCAAAGACAGCAGACACAACUACGGACAAAGGGAAAGAACCGGAAGUAGCGCCAGCGAAGCCCGGUGGAUUUGGAGGUAUCUCAAUGAAGCUUGGCGGAAAGCCUCAGACCAAGAACGUUUUCGCCCAGGCCAAGAAGAACGCUCUCGCUUCAGGAUCGAAGAAACCAGCCAAGAUUGAACAGCCAAAGAAAAUGAGCGAGGCUGAACGUAUAAUGAAGGAGGAGAUGGAGAAGAAACGAUCAAGAGAGUCUGCUGGAUUUAGCUUUGGGAUGGGCUCUGGUAAGAAGCAGAGAAACAACUGA